AUGUACGAAGUCUCCUGCGAUGGGUUCCUGGCCACCCUUAAUAGGAAAAACUACAUCUACGUCGAGGCUGUCAACCCCGCAGGCAAUAGUGUUAGGCACGCAGGUUGGAGCUUCAGAGACCUGGAUGAGGCGCAUAUUGCAGCUGAGGGCCCCGCAGACGGACUCGAGGACUUCAAGAAGGCGGUUGAGGGGGCUGGUGACGAUGAGAUCUUCGCGAAAGGAAGGUGGAAAGCGAGACACAUGGGCACGCAGAGAAUGGCAUCGACCGUCUCCACACUUUUGAAGACGCAGACAUGCAACAUGCGAUGGGAGCGCGGAUGCCGCCUGGCACCUCGUGCAUGUAUAUCGUCGGCCUCAUUGUCUCCCCAGUAUCCCAAGGUGUGGACAGUGCGCUCAUUGAUCUUGGUAACGCGAUAG